AGAGGACACACACACACAUACACACACACACACAUACAUACACACACACACACACAAAGAGUUUGUACCAGUGUGUUUCACUGACAGGUACACAGGCAGGCAGGUGGGAUGUUCUCGGACCGCUGACUCCGCUUUCACCCCCUCCUCGGUUGGUUGUUUAACGGAGGCGGGAGUUGGACCGGAGCGGUGACACGGAGCCCGCAGCAGUAACCGCACAGCGACGCACCGACUCCGGGGAGAGGAGAGGGGGAUCAUGGGCUCCGCUUCGUCCUCAUACCGGGUCAUUUACCUGGACGUGGACGGCAGGAUCCAGAAGGUGGUGUUCAGUCGAUUCUGCAGCCCGUGUGACAUUAAGGAUCUGUUCUGUACAGUGCUGGGUGUGGCGAGGAACACAAAUCUGACCCUGCUGGAUUCUUCCGGGGCCAUGGUGUCCAUCGACCCCACCAUGCCGCACAACUCAGAGAGGUCACCGUACAGAGUGGUGCCAAUGACUGGAGGAGAGCUCGCUGAUAAAGAGGAACUCUUUCAGAAUGUACUGACGCAAGUGGCCGAGCAGUUUUCAAGGGCAUUCAAAAUCAACGAGCUGAAGACCGAGGUCACGAACCGUCUCGCCAUGUUGGAAAAGAGAGUCGAGCUGGAGGGGAUGAAGGUGGUGGAGAUCGAGAAAUGUCGCAACGACAUCAGAAACCUGCGGGAGGAGAUGGCGUCCAGAAACAACAGUAACUUCCUGGAAGACAACAAGAAGCUGACUCCUCGCAGAGACGUUCCCUCCUACCCAAAGUACAUGCUGUCAGUGCAGACCAUAGACGCUCUCAAAAAACCUGCCUUUGACGUCUGGCUGUGGGAGGCCAACGAGAUGCUGAGCUGUCUGGAGCACAUGUACCAUGACCUCGGCCUGGUCAAAGACUUCAACAUCAACCCCAUCACGCUCAAGAGAUGGCUGCUUUGUAUCCACGACAACUACAAGAACAACCCCUUCCACAACUUCCGCCAUUGUUUCUGUGUCACUCAGAUGAUGUACAGCAUGAUCUGCCUCUGCAGCCUGCAGGAGAAGUUCACUCAGGUCGACGUUUUGAUUCUGAUGACGGCGGCUGUGUGUCACGACCUCGACCACCCCGGUUACAACAACACAUACCAGAUAAAUGCCAGAACGGAUCUGGCGGUUCGUUACAAUGAUAUCUCUCCCCUGGAGAACCAUCACUGUGCUGUCGCCUUUCAGAUCUUCUCUCAGCCCGACUGCAACAUCUUCUCCAGCUUUGACCCCGAGGCCUUCAAACAGAUACGACAGGGAACCAUCACUCUGAUCCUGGCCACGGACAUGGCUCGACACGGGGAGAUCCUGGACUCCUUCAAACAGAAGGUGGACAGUUUCGACUACACGGACGAGGAGCACGUCACCUGUCUGAAGAUGGUGCUCAUCAAAUGCUGCGACAUCUCCAACGAGGUGCGGCCGAUGGAGGUGGCUGAGCCGUGGGUGGACUGUCUGCUGGAGGAGUACUUUAUGCAGAGCGACCGGGAGAAGGCUGAGGGACUCCCCGUGGCUCCGUUCAUGGACAGAGAAAAGGUCACCAAGCCGACGGCUCAGAUCGGCUUCAUCAAGUUCGUCCUCAUCCCCAUGUUUGAAACCGUGAUGAAGCUGUUCCCACAGAUCGAGGAGGCGAUGGUGCAGCCGCUCAGAGAGUCCAGAGACCGAUACGAGGAGCUCAAACAGAUCGAUGACGCCAUGAAUGAGGUGCAGAAGAAGAAAAGCGAGAGCCUGACCAUCGGAGGGAAGAAGAAGUAAAACGUUUUGAAAAGCGUAGAGCACGAGUGCAGCAGUGUGACGUGAAGUGAACUUGCCGGACAUGUUGGUCCGGGUCGGCCUGUCCUCUGAUGAAGAGCAGAGGAGCAGCAGGAGUCUGAUCUGUGUGUGAGAGUGUGUGUGUGUGUGUUGCAGCAGAUCUGAGACAGCGAGUGUGUGUUGCAGCAGAUCUGAGACAGCGUUACAAACCGUGGAUGGACCUGAGGAGCAGACGGACGACCCAAAGCCUUUUUCAGGAAGUGUCAACAUUUGUACAGCACAGAAACUUCAGUGAACAAUAUUUAGAUACACGACUUGCAUUGUUUGUUUUUUAUUUGAGAUGUGUUGUUUUUUACAGAUUGUACAGAUUUAUAGUGAUCUUUGUUCUUUCCUACAAAAAAUAAAAGGAUGACUUUAAUUAUAAGAAA